ACAACAAAAAUCCAGAAAGAGAAGAAAAUGUCGGAGUGUAAUUUGUGGGAAGAUAGAGAUGUCCGCUUCGAUAUUACCUUACAGCAAAUGCAGCUACGAGCAGGCGAGAUUUUAAUAGACAAGCUAGAUUCUGUAGAAGACACGAAAGGAAAUAAUGGAGACAGAGGAAGGUUGAUGGUUACCAACCUAAGGUUAAUCUGGCAUUCUCAAAGCAUGCCAAGAGUGAACCUCUCUGUAGGUUAUAGUGCUAUAGUCAAUAUAUCGACAAGAACCGCUCAUUCAAAACUAAGAGGCCAGACAGAAGCAUUGUAUCUACUAACAAGAUGCAACAAUACAAGAUUUGAAUUCAUUUUCACUAACUUGGUAUCAGGUAGUCCAAGAUUGUUUACUACAGUUAUAUCAGUAUACAGAGCCUAUGAAUCUUCAAAGCUUUAUAGAGAUCUUAAGCUUAGGGGAGCCUUGAUAAUGAACAAGCAACUGAGACUGCUUCCACUGGAACAGGUUUAUGACAAAAUAAAUGGAGUUUGGAACCUCUCAAGUGACCAGGGUAACCUUGGUACAUUUUACAUCACAAAUGUUCGCUUGGUUUGGCAUGCCAAUAUGAAUGACACCUUCAAUGUCAGUAUUCCAUAUCUACAAAUGAAAACUGUUCGAAUUCGAGACUCUAAGUUUGGCUUAGCACUUGUCGUGGAAACAUCCCAACAGAGCGGAGGAUACGUGUUGGGCUUUCGUAUCGAUCCAGUGGAAAAACUACAAGAAGCUGUUAAAGAGAUACAGAGUUUACAAAAGGUGUAUAGUGCAAGCCCAAUCUUUGGGGUUGAAUUCGAAACGGAAGAUAAGCCUCAGCCUCUAGAGGAAGUGAUAGUAGACCCUGUACAAGAUGAUAUAGAGAUCGUUAACGAAGGAACCACCGAUGCAUUCGCUGCUUAYUUUGCCGACGGAGACAAGACAAGUGAUCGUGAACCUGUGUUCUCUGAGCAUCUAGGGCUGGCUAUCGAAAAGCUUAAAGAUGGCUUUACUCUUCAGGAACUAUGGGAAGCUGUCCCAAACUGAGUCACGAAGCAAGCAGUGUUAAACUUCCUAGCUGUUUUACUGCAAAUUGAAAUUUGAAAUCAGUAUAAACCAAAUCGAAAUAUGGUAACAAUUUGAAUAACUAUUGUUCUGGACUGACUAGCCUGGAAACACAAAAGCGUUUUCACGUGUAAGUCAGUUCAAAUUGGUCAGAACAAUAGUCAGUUUAAAUUGGUCCCCAUAUUUCGAUUUGUUGAAUGGCCUUGUUAUAUAUUAAACAAGCUAAAAAAUGUAAAUAUUAUUUAAAUUAUAACUUUUUCCAGUGCAUGGUCGGACCUUUGCAUCCAAGUAUCUAUAUCAACUUAUACCAGAGGCAUUUUGCUCGCAUUUUGCCUGCAUACGCGUUUUUUUCUCUUCGCUCUAAUGUUAAAUACUGUGCUAAAACAAUUGAAUUCUUAGAGUUGUCAUGAAGAGGGGUACACAUAAAAGUGAGCUCAAAGAACAUUCUAGCUUUGUCAAUAAUAUUGAAAAGAUUAAAUAAAAAACAAGAUUAUAAAAUGA